UUUUUUUACUCGCCAUGUUGCCCUUAUACGAUGCCAACUUAGAUACCCAAGCCUUCAAUAUUUUUAAACCUGUAAAUAGCUUGUUAUCCUACGAUCUACCUAAGUUGUCGGUUGAAAUAGUAGACAAACCCAGCACAUCUUCUAAAUCCAACCCCAUAUCGUUCAAGAAACCUGAGGUCGAUCUGUAUUGCAAACCAUGUAAAAAAAAGUUCAGCAACGAACCUACUUUUGCCAACCAUCUAAAAAGUGCCAAGCAUAUUGCCAAUGAAACAAAAGCACAACCUGCAAAGACAGCAAGAGUCUCCCGUAUUCCUGUCAACCCACAAGUUCAAGAUGCGCUUAGCCAACUAGAAAUUGCUGCGAGUGCUGAUCCUACGACAUCGCUCACGAUCUAUUGGAAUCAAGCACAACUACUGUUUUCGUUAAAGCGACCUCAAUAUGUAGAAAAAGCAUUGAAGUCAAUAAUCAACUUGUUGCUCGCUUCGCCUCCCACUCAGUUUUCUUCAGCUCAAAUUACUUCAUUUUUAUAUAGCAGUCGGCUAGCUUUAGCGCGGUUAUUAUGCAUCUAUCAGGAACUGGAUGAGUCUAGAUCUAUAUAUUUGGAUGCGUUGGAUGGUAAAUGGAAGUUAGAAAAGAACGAGUUGCUUGACAUUGCCAAGAGAUUACAUGGAUUAUCAACAUCCGUACUAUUAAGUGCGUGCGACACAUUAGCUGCGAAAUACCUGACUAGAGAAAGAAAUCGAACCAAACCGGCUCCAGCAUUGGCAGACAUUAACAACUCAAUUACAACUAUACUGAAUGAAGCUGGUAAUCUUUUUGCCCAGGAACAACAUACAUAUGACAAUGUGCCAUCCGAAAACAUUGCUCUCGUAUUAUAUGCGACGUGUUCUCUUAUUACACCGUUCGAAAAGCUAGAAGAGUUUCCAGUAAACUAUUUUUACAACAUGAUGAAUCAAGUAUAUGAAUCAUUGGAGGGUUUAGACCAUCGUAUGGUGGAAGUGAACCUAUUACUCAAUUCGGAUGUCUGGUACACAUUUACUGCGUUAUUAUUGUCGCUUGAAAUUGAUGAUCUUAUAAGAGCCCGCUGUAUUUCUCAAAGUUUGAAACAAGAGGCAAUUUAUUCACACCCAGAUGUCAAACUCUUGUGUGACUUAUGCGACAAUAAAUUGACCUUGAACCAGCACGAACUUCUUCAGGACCUAAGUUAUGUUAAGUUGCUGUUAAAUGAAACUGACGAGCCAUUGUUAAUUAGAAGUAGAGAUGAAGGAGAGCAAGAAUAUACGCUUGAUCGCAUUGCAGACCUAAUUUAAAAAUCAAAUAAAAUAAAUGUUGUAGCCGUA